GUUUCUUUUUUUCUCUGUUAAACACGCGCAUCGAAGCAAGCCAGCAGCAACAAAAGAGACGAGCCUUUUCGCUCGCCGCUACCACCACCUCGUUGUCUCGCCUCCGCCUCGGCCUCAGCACGCGCGCGGGAUCUCGCGCUCGCUCGCGCACCGAGGAGCGCGCACCCACCCGCAGGGUUCGGGGCGGGGUGAUCCGGUGGUGAUGGCGAGCCGGAUCAAGGAGGACGAGAGGCACGAGAAGAUCAUCCGCGGCCUGCUGAAGCUGCCCGCCAACAAGCGCUGCAUCAACUGCAAUAAUUUGGGACCACAAUAUGUCUGCACAAAUUUCUGGACCUUUGUUUGUACCAAUUGCAGUGGAUCACAUCGGGAGUUUACACAUCGAGUAAAAUCUGUUUCCAUGGCCAAAUUUACCGCACAAGAAGUUGCUGCCCUUCAAGAAGGGGGGAAUGAGCGUGCUAGAGAAGUAUUUUUCAAGGAAUGGGAUCCUCAACGAAAUGGAUACCCUGACAGCAGUAACGCUGACAAAUUGAGAAAUUUCAUUAAGCAUGUGUAUGUGGAACGUAGAUACACAGGAGAAAGGAGUACUGAUAGGCCACCAAGGGCAAAGGAUGACAAGGAUGAGUAUAGUGAAAAUAGAAGAUCUGAUGGAAAUUGGGGUGGUUCGAGAAGUCCGCCAAAUGGAAGUUACUCUGAUCGUCAGAAUUAUAGCGGACGGAGUGAUGACAGAAAUUCCAGAUAUUCCUAUGGGGACCGUAGUCCUGGCUAUGACCAAAAUGACUAUAAGAGAAGUCCUCGCUACUUUGAGGUUGGUGAUAAUAGAUCUGGAAAAAUAACUCCAAUUCAAGGGUUUGAAGACAGGAGGUUUUCAGAGCCCAGAAAGCGAGAUAGUGGGUCUCCAGACUUCCAGAAAGAAGCUGAUGGUUCUAGUCCUGUUGUACGGCCAGUGAGGGAUAUAUUGGGUGACAACGCUCCUCAACUUCGGGUCGGUGAACCUUCAAAGCCAGCUACUGAGCCUGCAAAGCCAACUGUAGUCAGACCAAUUGAUCCUCCAAAGCCAAGUGUAGUCAGACCAAUUGAUCCUCCGAAGCCAAAUGGAACCAGGGCAAUUGAUCCUCCACCACUGACAAAGACAAUAUCUAGUGCCAGCAGCAUUGGUUCUGCAGAAGGGACAUCGGAACAGACAAAGGUGGCAAGUGCAGUGAGUUUGAUUGAUUUCAGUGCAGAUCCUGAACCUGAGUCCACAGCACCACCACAGCCGGCCCCUAUGACACAACAGCCUCCAGUUAAUGCAGUAGCACCACAGCCUGUUCUUGAACAAAGGAAAAGUGCUCCUUCUGUCAGUGGUGGUGAUUGGGCAUCUUUUGAUGCUUUUGGCCAACAACAAACACCUCAAACAAGCAGCAGUGUAAAUCCCCUUGAGUCUGCACUUGCACAGCUGUCAUUCUCUGAAGCACCCUCUGCACCAAAUGUGUCAGCUUAUCCUGUUUCUCUGGAUCCCACUUUGAAAGCAAAUGAUGGAGGAUAUUCAUCUGUGCUAGAUCAGUCACAUUCCUUGUUUGAUGCACCCUUUGGAAUCUCAGGCAACCAGGCCUCAACAGUAAUGUCUGGCCAAGAAACAUCGGUUCAACAAUCUUCUAUAGCUGCCCCUACGGCUGGACUUCCAUCUCAAGCUACUGCAAAUCAACAAGGAACCAGUGGUAUUCAAGGAGCAGCUUCUUCUACUGACAGUAAAUUCAGUGGCAGGAAAGAACUUCCAGCGGAUAUCUUUACUGCACUAUAUCCACCAUCAACUCCAAUGAUGCCUGGUUGGCAGAGAGCCCCCCAUUUUGGAAUGGGAUACGCCAUGCAAUAUCCACCUGGAGUGUUCCAGGGAAUGCAAGCAUAUCCUCAGCCUACAUAUCAGCAACCUGUAUAUUCGCAACAUGCAUAUUCCCACCCCCAACCUGUGAAAGCUUCAAACCCUUUUGAUCUUGGGAAUGGGCCAGCUCCAACUCAAGCUCACAUGCCCCCAUCUGGACCACCAGGAGUAUUAGCAGGCCCAGCUCCCCAAACCUUAAUUAGCAACUCUAGUUUUGGUGUUCCUCCACAGCAGCCUCACCAGCUCUAUCAAUCAGCCGCACAUCCAAGCCAUUUCAUGAUGCAGCAAGUUCCGAACAGCAUGCCCAUGCCCGAGCAACAACCUAAUAGCAUGCUUGUAACGCAACAAGGUUUGGGAUACCUCCAGCCAAACACCCCCCCACCUUCAUACGGCUCCGUUGGGGGUAGUAAUCCAUUCGGGUAAAAGAAGUGUGGGAACACCUGCUCUUUCAUCUCUAGACUAAGGGUCUGCAGCACUCAGCGGGACAGACAUGCAUCGAAGCCCUCGAGAGAAUGUGUUCCAUACAACCAGGUGGUGUAUUCUGUCGGCUGUGAUAUGUUGUACAACUUGUUUCCAAGGGCGUCAUCAUCGAAUGUAACUCUGUUUUAGAGGGCCUAAGCUGCUUUCAGCCUCACUCCUUGUAUAUUGUGUCUGCUUGAAUUGCAUAGUAUGUAUAUUUUGUGUUCCUUUGUUGUCUUGGACAGUAUCAGCUCCAGUUUUAGUACGAGUCAGCUUCUAGUGCAGUUGACUAUUCAUUUUAACGUGGAUGGUAAGUACUUUAUAAUAGACCAGAUGUAUGAUCGUGAUCAACCAAUUUUGUGGUUUCUU